AUGCACGGUUCGCCGACACUCGGUGAUGGGAGGCGGGUUUUCAGGUCGACCGAUUUCUUUCUUGGAUUGGCUAUGCGCAGUCGAGUUCUCGACUUUAAAGAACACCCAGCUGUGAGGGCGCGCAACCGCUUGGUGGCAGUAGUUCAAGGCGGCUCGACAACGACAAGUGCGGAGAAGAUAUCAAGUCUCGCACUUUCAAUGGAGAAAGUGGCUGGGAUGAAUGAGGAAUUUCAAUUGAUGGCUACGAACAACAAGGGUAAAAUCGACAUUAAUGAGUUGAGAGUCGGGCUGCACAAGCUUGGUUAUCAAAUCCCUGAAGUUGAUCUUCAAGCGAGAUUACAUUAUUUAUGGGGAAACCCGUGCGUCAGGCAGAGUUAA